AUGGCCAGCGCAUCCACACACUAUCCCCAUAGGGAUUCUCACGACGACGAGUCAAUCCUCGAUGAUGAUGUGAUCGAUGCCGAUGACGCCAUCGAAGCCGAUGACCCAUUACACGAUACCUCGGACACGGCGCCGCUACGGGGCAACAUCCAGGCCGAAUCCUCGAGCUCCGCCGGCCGCAACCUCUCCGGCAAUUACCUGACGUCGUCGAUCCCCGGCGAGGACCGUCGCGCGACCCUUAAUACCAUCGACGAGAGUGUCUGGGACACCCUUUCCCGUGACCUGCUGGCAGUCUGGGAGAAGUUGCGCCAGGUGCUGUGGCCGAAGUAUCUGAUGGGUGGCAUGCUGCAGCGCGGAGGCGGCGGGAUCGGGGCCGCUGAACGUGGAGAGGCUACUGGGUUCGGGGGCGGCUUGAGGAACAUCGCGGGACGCUGGCCGGACGCUGAUAUGGUCCUUCAAGGGGGUAUGAGUGAGGGAUUGCGCGAUUGGGAUCUCUGGGGCCCGCUCAUCUUCUGUUUACUGUUGAGUAUGUUUUUGGCUGUCCGCGCUAGUGACGAUCAGUCAGACUUGGUCUUUUCGGGAGUCUUUUCGAUCGUCUGGAUUGGUGAAGCUGUUGUGACUUUGCAGAUUAAGCUGCUGGGUGGAAAUAUCUCGUUCUUCCAGUCCGUGUGCAUCAUCGGUUACACCCUGUUCCCUCUCGUGAUCGCUGCCCUUCUGAGUGCCUUGGGUCUCCCGACUAUCGCCCGGAUACCGGUCUAUCUCGUUCUCAUCGCGUGGUCUUUGGCAGCUGGAGUGAGCAUUCUGGGCGGCUCUGGCGUGCUGCGGAACCGGGUCGGAAUUGCGGUAUACCCACUAUUUGUGUUCUAUGUUGCCAUUGGGUGUCUCUGCUUCAUCAGUUAG